AUGUCAUAAGUAAAAUAGGAAGAAAAGAGUUUAGUUGAGGAGCUUUAGCUUGAUUCAAUAAUUUAAAGGGAUUUCCCAAAAAUAGAUUUCGCAUUUGGAUAUGGUUCAGGAGUUUUUAGAUAAAUAGGUUAUGAUUAUAGUAAAGAUUCACCUAUGAUCGAUUUAAUAUUUGGAGUAUAAGAUGCAGAUGAAUGGCAUAGAAUGAACUUAAUAAAAAACCCUUCACACUAUAGUGGUUUGGGUUAUUACUUAGGUUCAUCAUAUUUACAUUUUUUAUAAUAAUACAUCACUCCAGUUCAUUUCAAUCCAAGCAUUUAAGUUGAUUCAUUUGAUUAAAAAAGGAAACUUAAUAUUAAAUAUGGAGUUGUUGAUGUUAAAUAGCUUAGCAAAGAUUUGUUAAAAUGGAAUAUUCUCACUUGCAGCGGGAGACUUCACAAACCUGUUAAAAUUAUUUAGCUUGAUUAAGUCCAAAAUCCUACUUUAAAUUCUGAUUUAAGGGUCAAUUUAAUUCAAGCAACAGCAAUCAGCUUGCUCUUAAACUUUAAACCCUAUAUUGAAAUGAAAGAGUUUUUAAUGACUAUUGCUUCUCUUUCUUAUAUUGGAGAUGUUAGAUUUUUAUUUGGAGCAGAGAAUAAAAACAAAAUUUAAAAUUUGGUAGAAGGAAACUAUGAUAGAUUUACUCAUUUAUAUAAAGAUGUUAUAGAAUAAAACAAUCCAAUUAAUAGCUUAGCCCAAGUAGUUGGAAAUAGAGCUGAGCAUAUCAAGCUCGAAACUAACUCUGAGACUGUUUAUUAACUUGUAAAUUGUCUCCCUGAUGGUUUAGGUUUAUUUGCAAGAACUAAUGAAAUAAAUGUUAAAAUUAUUAAUUUGGAAGACGUUUAAAGAUAGAUUAUUGAAAGAAUCAGAAAAAUUAAUAUGGGAUCCUCUUAAAAACUAAUUUUAUACAAUACAUUAGCAACUUCUCCUACUAAAAAUAUUUAUUACGUUUUCAAGAAAUUACAAAAAGGAAUAUUAAAAAGAUGA